AUGUUAUUUACUUUCAUUCUCAUCUUCUUACCAAUAAUUCAAACAAUUUCAAUUGUCGAUCAGCAACAACAACAACAACAUCGGUUUCGUCGAGCAUGGAUCAAUUUCUUUAGUGAUGAGACUAAAACAGAAGUAUCAGCGAAAGGUGGAAGCUCAAUUAAUAGCAGUGGUAAUAAUGGUGAUCUUAAUCAAAAAGGAUCAGAUCGUUGGUUGAACAUGGUUAAAAAUCAAACUGGUCGUGUUAUGCAAGGUGGUACUGAUCUUAUAUUAACACCAGUCAAUUGGUUAACAAAUCUUACAAAUAAUUGGCCUCUCUAUCUUGUUUAUUUUACUCUAUUCAUCAAAAUGAAGCCAGAAAGGCGAACAAAUGAACGUAUUCUCAGUGCUCCCUUCUCAUCUGUUGACGUGAAAAAUCAUCUCACUCAAAAUCAUAAUCAAAUUCAUAUGAAUCCAUUGAUAUCAUUACGAGAUUUUCAUCUACAUGCCAAUGCAUCGAAAAUUCCUCAAUUCAACAUCACAAAUAUUAUUCAACGGCCUACGAUAAUGUUUUCAAUUGACGACAACUUCAAAUUGGAUUCCAAUAUGUUGAUGAUCAUUAUUUUGACUGGUUUAUUUUUGCUUGUGUUGGCAAAAUUUACAACUUCUAUCAUCAUGGAUAUAUUCAAAUUAUAUCAACAAGGUUUACAUUUUCACUAUCCUGUUCCUCAUCAUCAUGUUAUUAUUGACUUUCAACAUGUUAAAUAA